AUGGAUGAACUUACGACUUGUUCAAUAGAUUGUCAAAAUAAGCCAAUUUAUGUAUGCGACUGCUCGGAUAAAGGGGUCUUUAUAUGCAAUAAUCAUCUUGGGAUGCAUGUAGAAUCAGCUGGAAAGCAUCAUUUCACUCGAAUCAUAAAAAAUCCAGACCUACAAACCAAAAUUACUAUUUCUAAUUUUUUAAAAAACUUAAAGCUUCAAGUAAAACAAGACCGGUCAAAAAUAAUUCAAGAAUCAUCCUUGCUAAUGAAGCAAAUAAAUGAAGCAGUUGAGAAAUCAUUAGGAAAACUUCUAAAUCCCCCUCCGUGAGCGAACAAGAUUUUUUGUUCACCCACGGAGGAAUGUUAAAAAAUUUAUAUAUAAAUUUAAAGAAAAAAAAAAAUUUCGGAAUUUAAAAAAUUCCUACUUCUCGAAAAUUGGAAGGCAAAUAUUAAUUAAUUUGUAAAAUUUAGAUUUUAAAAAUGCAAUUUAUUUAAAAUUAAACAGAAUUAGUUUGAGAUUUCAUGAUACUAGCUAUAACUUAUAUAUCAAAAUUUUUCCUCAUAAAAAAAUUUUAUUAAUUAAAAAAAAUUUUGUUGUUCACAGAGGGUGGGUUUUUGGGCAAAACAUAGUGAUUUUCUAAUGGUUAUGUUCGCUCACGGGGGGAGGAGUAAGGAUAGAAAAAAGAUUAGACAAGUAUAUACGUUUAUGCGAUACCUUUGAAGAAGUGAACAAUCUAAACAGCAAGAGCUUCAUUAAGCCAGCAUUAAAAUUAUCUCCUGAAGAUGCAUUAAAAAUAAAAUUACAUGAAGAUAUAAUGAAGAUUAACAACUCUGGUAUAAAAGAAAAAAUAGAAAGUCUAUUUUCUGUUAAAGAAGCAAAACUUUUAUUUGAUAUUGACAAUUUUGAAGGCUUGGGGCCUACAAAAUUAAAAUAUUUUAAAAACAGAGAUCUAUUUGCCGUUGAUAUUGUGUCACAAACCUCAAUUUCUCAAAACAUAAAUAAGAACUGAAAAGGAUGGGAUCCAACUUGCUUGCUAAAUGAUGGCUCUGUGUUUUGUUGCUUUGAAUCAGAAACUUUUAUUAUAACCCCAAAAAACUUAAUAAUACCUUUAGAUUCUUCUCGGUACAGUAACUGCUCUGGACUUAUUGCAAUUGAUAAUUUUGUUUACAUGUUUGGAGGGUAUGGAAACGCUUCAUUUAAAUUUUCCCUUAGAUCAAAAAAUGGAAAUGCAAUUGCUCAGUAUCCAGUAUCAGGCAACGCAUAUAUUUCUUGUGCUUUUAUUAAUGGUGUGAUAUUAAUCGGAGGUUAUCAAUCUCCAAAUUUAUACGGAUACAAUAUUUCAAAUAAUUCAUAUACAAAUGUUCUAAUUACGCUAUUUGUCGGCACAGGAAAGACUAUUUUAGCAACCAAAAAUAAAGCUUAUAUAAUUCAGUACAAUAACUACUGUUAUGAAAGCGGCUUAAACGAUAUCAAUGCAUGGACAUCAUUUAGGUCUGAUGGCACGUUUAGACAAGGUGAUUCUCGCCAUUCUUAUUCAUUGCUAUAUAAAGAUAGCUUUUACUUUAUAACUUGCGACUACAAACUCAUUGAAUUUGAUUUGAAAAAUAAACAACUAAAACAUCUCAAGACCUUAUAA